GCUCGUCAUAUGACUUUCAUGUGCGGAUGCAAGUGGACCGUCAUCAGUGCCGUCUUUAGGAUCAACGAGGCUAUGGGCCAAGGUACUGGCUGGGGCCUAUGUAAGGGAUGGAAAAUCCUUAAAUUUUAACUUUAUCAUUUUUCAGUUUACAAUAACGCAAUAGGCUAAAUCGUAACCCCGUCUCUUAACACCCCACAUAUGAGAGUUCAAUAAAUAAAUUUUUUGAAUCUAAAAAACUAAUACCCCACCAAUUCUAAUUUAAAUAAAAUUGAAUGAAAACCAUAUAUUAUAAUCUAUACAAAGAACAAUACUUAUAUUUAUUCAUAUACAAAUAUAUGAAAGUGACGUCAUCCGUGACAUCAUAGCCUAUAACAGCAUUGGUUAGCGAGCCACUGCAUACCAAGUCUAUAACUACAGCGCGAUGCUGCGCCGAAUCUUGUUUAAUAAACAAGGGCUAUCGGUUUUUCUUCGAGGAAGUGCCGUAAACUGUCCCCGCAGUAUUAGAUCGGACUACAAUAUUUCGUCGUUCCGGAUCGACCUCAGUUCUCAAUGGCUUCUCAAACGAACACUUGGCAUUUCAACUUAUUUCUUAAUUCAUUUUUACUUUACAAUUAACUUAUUUGCUUUGUUUUAAAUACCCGUAAUUUUAGCCAUGCAUACAUUUAAUUUCUUACAAUUUACAAUUUUCGUAUAUUUUAAUUUCUUUAAACAAACGAUUAAAUGUAAUGUUUAUAAUGCCAUGUAAACGUUUUCUCAAUUACAAUAUUCAAACUAACGCGCCAAAAUCUUCAUUCGGAUUCUUACGCAUGCGCGCUCUUGCGCGCAAGCAGAAGCGCGAUUGUUUUGAAAGAAACUUGUUUAAGCUUGCUUUUGUUUUUGGUGAGAAAAUGAAUAGUCAACGUCCGUGUUUCGACACGUGAAACAGCCAGCAGGUUCAUUACCAGAUUUUCACGCGAUGUAGCAACAGUUAAUUUAGUAUUGUUUAUCGAAUCAUUUGAAGUACAUCAAAAUCAUGAAUCGUGUUUAUGAAAGUGGUGCUGCAAAAAAACGAAAAGCGAAAGAAGAACAAAAGAAAAUAGACAAGUUACCAAAAAUUACUGGAUUUUUAAAACAAGAUGACAUUACUAGCAAAAAUGAUGAAACGCCAAAAGGUACCGCUGAUUUACAGGAAAAUGUUAUUCAAAACGAAUCAGUCGAUUUGAAUCCUUCAGAACAGUCGGAAUUAUCAGUAGCUACACAAGUUCUUAUAAAUCAUAGAACAGAAGAGGAGGCAGCAUUGAGAAGCACGUCAGAAAAAAAUGAAAGUUAUUCGACUGAUAUUGCGUUAUGGGGCGAAAUCAACGAGAAGUUACGAUUAUACUGGUUGCAAAAAAAUCCAGGUUUAUGCAGCAAUAAGGAUAAAGAUUUCUCAAAAUCUGCACGGAUUUACCAAGAAGGAGAUAAACAAAAAGUGAGAACUCUAAACAAAUCAUUAUUUCAAUUGAAACUACAAAAUAAUGAAAUAGUAGAGCGUGAGUGGUUAUCGUAUUCGCCAUCAACUGGACGUAUAUAUUGCUUUGUAUGUCGACUUUUUUCAUCUGAAAAAGAUCAAUUUACAUUUUACGGAUUUAAUGAUUGGAAACACCCAGAGCGAAUUACGGAGCAUGAGCAAAGCAAAGCUCAUAAACAAACUUUAACUAUUUAUUCUAAACGGAGAAGAGAAACUGGUAGUUUAGAAAAUGCAUUAACGAUUCAACAAAAAAAUGAGAAAAAUUAUUGGAUUCAAGUAUUACGUCGAAUAACUGACACUAUAAAGUUUCUUGCUUCACGAGGUCUCGCUUUUCGAGGGGAGAACGAACGAUUCGGAUCUAGUCAAAAUGGCAAUUACUUAGGUAUUUUAGAAUUACUGAGCGAAUAUGACCCUUUCCUUAAAGAGCACAUUAAUACCUACGGAAAUAAAGGACAUGGAGUAACAUCAUACUUAUCAGCUAAUAUUUGUGAGGAAUUUAUAGGCCUUAUGGGGGAAAAAGUUCUUGCUUGCAUUAUAAGUGAGUUGAAGAAGGCAAAAUAUUAUUCUUUUUCUGUGGAUUCUACGCCGGACAUCACUCAUCUAGAUCAAUUAACGUUCACCGUGCGGUACGUUACGGAUCAGGGGCCUAUCGAACGUUUUUUAAUGUUCGUUCCUAUAGAAGGUCAUAAUGCCGAAUAUUUAACAGAGGUUGUAGUCAAAUUUUUUAAAGAUAAUGAUAUUGAUAUAAAUGACUGUAGAGGUCAAUCUUAUGACAACGCAUCGAAUAUGUCUGGACGCUAUUCAGGACUGCAAACCAGGAUAAGGGAAAUCAAUAAGUAUGCUGAUUAUAUUCCUUGUGCCGGGCACUCGUUAAAUUUAGUCGGCGUUAAGGCAGCUGAAUGUGUUAAUGCAGUCGUUAAGUAUUUCUAUAUCGUACAAAAUUUGUACACAUUUUUAUCAGGAUCGACUUAUAGAUGGCAAAAACUAUUGUCAUAUUUAGGAACGAAAAAAAAAGUCGUUAAAUCUUUAUCCGCUACUCGAUGGUCAGCCCGAGCUGAUGCAAUCAUCGCUCUUUUCACAGGUCAUACAGAUAUUACGAAAGCUCUAGAUGAUUUAUCAAAGGAUGAUACGCAGUCUAACGAGACUAGACUUGAAGCUAAGACCAUUUUAAAGCAAAUUACAAAAUUUGAAAAUGUCUUUAUAACUGUGGUAUGGCACGAAAUCUUGACACGUAUUAAUGAUACAUCUAAAAAUUUACAAAAAGAAAAUAUGGAUUUGUAUAUAGCAUGCAGUCUUUUAAAUUCCUUAGAAUUGUAUUUAUUGGAUAUCAGGGAUAAAUUCGAUGAGUUUUUAGAAAAAGCAAAAAGCUUUACUGAUAUCUGCGAAAGUGAAUCUACAUCUGAGCCAAGAAAUCGAAGAAGAAGCGUAAAACUUACUCGCUUUGAAGGAGAGAGUGAACAUACACAAUUUACUGGAGAUGAAAAGCUCAAAAUAGAGAUUUUUUAUCCGAUAAUCGAUUCACUUUGUUCCAAUUUGAAAACCAGAAAAACUGCUUACGAAACGGUGAAUGAUAACUUCAAGUUUUUUACUGCUCUACCAAACAUGACAUACGAAGGAAUAAAAGAAUGCUGCGAAAAGCUUGCCAGAAAAUAUGAUCAAGACAUUUCUGCAGAAAAUUUAAUAUCAGAAUGUUUACAUUAUAAACAUUAUCUUCGUGAUACACGAAAGAACGAAGAAUUAUUUAUUCCUGAUCUAUACUUGCAACUGAAGAAAGAAUUUCUGACGUCUACAUUCCCAAAUAUUGAAAUAAGUCUCCGAAUAUUCCUUACCCUAAUGAUCACCAAUUGUGCUGGUGAACGAUCAUUUUCUAGAUUAAAGUUGAUAAAAUCCGAUCAUCGAAGCACAAUGUCACAGUCACGAUUGAAUCAUCUAAGUUUAAUGAGUAUAGAAUCGGACUUAUUAAAAUCGAUUGAUUUUGAUGAACUCAUAUCUAAUUUUGCUGCGAAGAAAUCGAGAAAAAAAGUUUUUUAAGCUGUAUAUAAUUACUGUUAUUUUAGUGCAAAAAUAAAUUUUUAAACAAA